AUGCCACGUCUGACAGCUCAACGUGGACCGUACUCCUAUCAUGAUUUCGAUGAACUCUCGUCUUGCAACGACACGAUCCUCUUCACGCUUAACGUUCAAGCUAGCACUGAGACUCCUCUUAUCAAGGCUUGUCUCACCUCGAAAAGCGGUCCACAGAUGCAGGCUGGUGCUUUCUACGGUCUUCUUCAGAAUAACGUGACGAGCACUCCAUCUCCAGACAUGGUACCAGAACUUUUGGUACCCAAGGAGAAGAUGGUAGCCUCGGAAGACGGUUCUUGUGGUGCCUUGCCUCAGGAAGCUACUCUUGAAGUCGAGACAAGGUGGUCCGGUCAAGGCAGCGCUAGUGCGGACAAGAUUUCCGCAGCCCUCUCACAAUUGCAAGAAUAUUUUCGCAAGUCGGCAAGCUGCGGCAGGGACCUCAUGUUCGCCCGUUCCUCAGUUAACGUAGUAGUAGGCGCUUUUGCGGGAGGUGAUAUACUCAAGUCCUCAGUUGCCGACACCAUAGGUUCCUACUCCGAGUCUAUCCUCGAAGGCACUAUCCCAGCACGAUUCGCCGUGCAGACCACAGGCGCGCAGAAUGGCAGCUCAGCCCAGGCUCAGUUCGACACCCGUCUUGGCUUCUUUGCUGAUCUGACUGGCAACGUGACAUCCGUACAAGGCUUUUUAGCGAGUUAUAUCAACAACGUCGGUAAGGGAAUCGACCUUCAAGAUAUGGAAGGUGGAGAAGCUCCCGUUUCCAUUCCAAUAACUAUCCUCGGAUCGCCUGUCGCAUCCAACACCACAAGAUCAGGCCGCUCAGUACAUCCCCGAGCUUUAUGCCGCGACAUACAGGUCAUCAAAGAUGACAGUUGUGCUUCCCUAGCGUCGAGAUGUGGAAUCUCAGGUUCCGAUUUCACCAAGUACAACAGCAAGACGAGCAAUCUGUGCGCCACUCUCAAGCCCAAGCAAUAUGUCUGCUGCAGUCAAGGAGACCUCUCUGAUCAUACCCCCCAACCCAGUGGGGAUGGUACUUGUUUCACCUAUGAGGUCAAGGCCGACGAUGGCUGCUGGUCGAUAGCAGAAAGCUUCGGUAUCGACCAACAACGUAUUGAAGAAGUAAACAAGAAGACGUGGGGCUUUGCAGGUUGUAGUGCGUUGAAGGAGAAAGCAAUCGUGUGCCUUAGCAAGGGCAACCCCCCUAUGCCUGCGCAAGAUCCCUCUAUCAUCUGCGGUCCCCAAGUCGUCGGAACGCAACGUCCAGCCAAUUGGGACGACAUUGCGAAGUUGAACCCGUGUCCCUUGAACGCCUGUUGUGACGUAUGGGGCCAAUGUGGCACAACCGACGAAUUCUGCACUCGCUCUGACGUCGAUGAUGAACACAUCGGUACUGCUAAGCCCAACACGAACGGAUGCAUCUCGAAUUGCGGUACAAAGAUCGUGAACAACGCCGCUGGGCCAGCCCAAUUUGCACAUGUAGGCUACUUUGAGGCCUUCAAUAAUGAGCGAGAUUGCCUGCAUAUGGACAUAACACAGAUGGACACCGAGACUUAUACCCAUAUACAUUUCGCUUUUGCCACAAUAGGGAAAGACUAUUCGAUUGCGAUGACUGAUGGCGUCAAGAAGCAGUUCGACAAGAUGGUAGCAAUGGAAAGCAAGGCGAAGAAGAUUCUGAGUUUUGGCGGCUGGUCCUUCAGCACUGAUCAUGAUACAUCGCCCAUCUUUGCAACAGGCGUAUCUGACGCCAACCGUGAAUUAUUCGCUACUAAAGUGGUUCAAUUCCUCAAGGACAACAAACUCGACGGACUGGACUUCGACUGGGAAUAUCCUGGCGCCACCGACAUCGCAGGUUCAGUGCCCGGUUCUCCUUCAGAUGGCUUAAACUAUCUCAAGUUUCUGAAGUCCGUCAAAAGUAAACUGCCAUCGGACAAGUCACUCUCUAUUGCGCUACCAGCUAGCUAUUGGUAUUUAAAGGGAUUUCCCGUCAAACUCAUGUCCGCGGUUGUUGAUUAUUUUAUUUAUAUGACGUAUGAUCUGCACGGGCAAUGGGAUUAUGGAUCGAAAUUUUCCAACCCCGGCUGCAAGACAGGCAACUGCCUACGCAGCCACGUGAACAAGACAGAGACAGAGACAGCACUAAGCAUGGUUACCAAGGCAGGCGUGCCUUCCAACAAGAUCAUGGUAGGUGUAUCAAGCUACGGUCGCAGUUUCAAGAUGGUAGAUCCAACAUGUACUGGGGUAAUGUGCAAGUUCAGUGGAAGUCCCAAACUAAGCAACGCGGAACCGGGAGAAUGUACCGCCACAGGCGGCUACAUCGCUGAUGCGGAAAUUGCAACCCUGAUUGAGAACGGGGAAUUCGAUGGAACCGGCAAUGUCAAGACAUGGUUCGACGAUGCCAGCGACUCAAACAUCAUGACGUGGAAUGGUAACUGGGUAGCUUACAUGGACGAUUUCACCAAGUUUACCCGCACCAAGUGGGUGAAAGAACUCAACUUUGGCGGCACCUCAGACUGGGCUGUCGAUUUGCAAGAGUACAAAGACAGUGUAGACGACGACAAUAGCGGGUCCGAUCUCGGUGAUGUGCACGAUGAAGAUUGUAUUCAGGAGUAUGCCAACCUCGACGCUCUUGUGGCUGACCUCGAUAACGUCGCGGGCGUAUGCGCCGCCGAAUAUGCUGUUGGAACUAUGUCGACUCUGCUGGAUGAGACACUCAAGAAAUUCGAUGAAAUCAAACAGGACUACGAUGGUAAAUUCGGAUAUUACGCUUCUUGGAUCGAUGAGCUUGUCAACCCACAAUUGGAGAAUUGGAUGAAUAACUUCUUCAUGGGAGAAGAGAACAAGACUGGCCUUGGCAAUAGGUAUUUCGACUGCAAGUACGAAAAGAAAGGCAACAAGUAUUCGGGCCCAUGUCCCGUGCCCUAUUCUCUCAUGCGAAAGGACUCCUGGGAUGACCCUGAGUAUGGCUACGAAAGCUGGGACAUUGAAUACACCCUCCGUGACAAAGACGGCUACGAGAAGGCACUAGGAAGAGAUCUGGGCAUAUCAGCCGACUGGAUCGUUUUCAAAGACACCGAUACUUACCCCGAAUGCGAGGGCGCACCGGAUGAUUGUACCGAAGUACAUCAAUGGCGGCGAAAGGAUUUUCCACGCAAAAAGGACAAAAUCAGUGUGCCAGAUCCAAAGAAAAUCAUGGAAGAUGCACUUCCGACCAUCGAAGGACUCAGAAGUCAAAUAUCACAGGCUCUUCUUCUGCUUGGCAUGAGCUUGUAUGAUACCGAGUACGAUUACAACGAUGCUGUCCUUGCACUCGCUACACCAGUACAAAUGCUCGCACAAGCUGUCGACACUAUGAGCCAGGUAAAAGACAUUGGCGGCAAGAUCUCCGCGCAAAAGAAGAAGGAAACCAUUCUCCUCAUCGUCAGUCUUAUCCUCAUGAUUGUCCCCUUCAUUUCGGAGGUUGGCUUCGCUGUAGCAGGGUUGUCCAACCUUGCACGCCUUGCUUUUGUGGCUGGCGAGGUUGCGAAUGGUGCUCUAGCCAUUGGCGAGAUCAUUGAAGAUCCCGAGAGUGCACCUUUCGCCGUUAUGGGUAUUCUCGCGGGUGCGGCAGGCAGAGGCGGAAAACCCGAAGCAACCUUUGCCGACGCGGCUAAGGCCAGGAGGGUUCUUCCAGAUGCUGGAGCUAUGGGGAAAACGUUCAAGGGGAUUGACGAGAAGUAUCAGAAGGUCAUGGGUCUGUGUAAAGCUUAA